UGAUCAUUAAGAUACCUAUAUUGUGUGCACCAUGAAUUAUAUAAAUAUCCUAAUACUGGCAUCUAUCUCUACGGUUUCUGCAAAUAACAAUUGCACAAUUAGAGAAUUUUCCCAAGUAACAAAAAUCAUCAAAGAAUGCUCUAAUAUAGUUAUUGAAGAUCUGGUUGUUCCAGCAUACUCAACUUUAUUAUUAAAUUUGCAAAAUGGAUCGACGUUGACUUUUACUGGAAACAUAGUAUUUGAAGUAGGAUAUUGGGAAGGGCCUCUUUUAGAAAUCUCUGGAGAUGGAGUUCAGGUUCAGGGUACCGCAGGACAUGUAAUAAACGCGCAAGGAGAGAAAUAUUGGGAUGGACAAGGCGGUUCUGGUGGUGUGACCAAACCAAGAUUUGUAGUAAUAUCUACCACAGGAGGAUCUGUUUUAAAGGAUAUUUAUCUCCUGAACUGCGUAUACUUUUGUGUAGGAAUUAAGGCUUCAGAUCUUAUACUUUCUGGGUGGAACAUUGAUGUGGUUGCUGGAAAUACGAGGGGAGGCUUAAAUACGGAUGGCUUUGGCAUAGGAAAUGGUCAAAACAUUCUUAUAGAAAACUCAGUAGUUAUGAACCAGGACGAUUGUGUCGUUGUCAACUCGGGAUCUGAUAUGGUGUUUAGAAACUUGGAAUGUUACGGCAGCCAUGGAUUAAGCUUUUCCGUCGGAAACAGCAAUAAUGAUAGUGCCGCAUCGGGUACUAUAAGAAAUAUAACUUUUUCAGAUUGUCUCGUAGCAAAUGGUCUUUAUGGAAUUCACGUUAAAACGAAAAAAGGAACAGGGAUAGUAACUGACGUAACUUAUGAGAAUAUUAGGUUAUCAGGUAUCACUGAAGAUGGAAUUUAUAUAAACCAAGAUUAUGGGGACAUAGGAAACUAUUCUAGAGAAAUUGAGAUAAGAAAUUUAAAAAUGUCAAAUAUUUACGGGUCUGUACAGGGAGUUCUAACACGCCCUGUCCAUGUCGUUUGCAAUAAUGAUAAAUGUCAGAAUUGGAGUUGGUCAAAUAUUAAUAUUUUAGGGGGUGGAAAGAAUUAUUGCAAUUUUCAACCAACAGAGUUUACUUGUUAGACGUAUAAUAUAUUAUAUAUAA